CAUCAUCACCAUCACACGUGAACCUCACAGAAGUGACAGCAGGUGAAGCGCGGACGCCGUGGAUGUGAGCGCGCGCUGAUGCUGAGUUGCGUUGGGUUUGGUUUGGAGACACGUCGGACCGUCCGAGCUUUAUUGCUCACUUUACUGAGAUUUGCCUCGCAGACUUCUGGGUGAAGAGACCGUGAUGGAUUGCGGACAGAGAUGGAUCCGGCGCAGAUCUGGUAGAUGAGCUGCGGUCUUGGCUCCGCACAUAUGCGCAGAUCCUGCAAAAGCUGAAGAAGCAGAGGACGCAGCGUUGGUGAGAAAACAUGAAAUCCAGGAGUCAGGAGCAAAGUUUGACAGACUCCAGAGAGCUGGACAGAUCUCAUGAUCCACUCACAGGUAAUCCCCCAUCCAAAUCCAGUAAAAAGACCAUAAAGCAGCGGUUCCUCAAACUGCUCCCCUGCUGUCGCUCCGGCUCCGGCUCCGGCUCUUCAGUUCAUCAAAGAAGUAUAGCUGACGACGGUGAACUGUUGACCGUGUGUCACAGACCGCAGGGACUCGACCGCCUCGUACAACUGACCAAUUUCAACAAGAUGGAGCUGCAGGUUCUUUACCGAGGAUUCAAAAGUGAGUGUCCCAGUGGUGUGGUGAAUGAGGAGACGUUUAAAAGCAUCUACUCACAGUUCUUCCCACAGGGAGAUUCAAGUAUGUACGCACAUUUCCUCUUUGAAGCCUUUGACACUCACAACAAUGGAGCGGUCAGCUUUGAGGACUUUGUUCGGAGUCUGUCCAUCAUCCUGAGAGGCUCCACCGCGGACAAACUCAGCUGGGCCUUCAAUCUGUACGACCUCAACAAGGACGGCUGCAUCACCAGAGAGGAGAUGACUGACAUCAUGCACUCCAUCUACGACAUGAUGGGGAAGUACACUUACCCCAGCAUGAAGGACAGCGCUCCCAAGGACCAUGUUGAAACCUUCUUUCAGAAAAUGGACAAGAACAACGACGGCGUGGUCACCAUCGACGAGUUCCUGGAAACAUGUCAAAAGGAUGAAAACAUCCUUCAGUCCAUGCACUUGUUUGAUCAUGUGAUCUAAAGUCUGGUGGACGCAGACGCAGCGUGAUUCUCCCGCCUGCUUGUCCUCGUCUCCUGUGUCCACACAGUCCUUCAACUGCCCCGAACCUGAGUGGGUGUCGUUUCCGGGGCCUCGACAGACCUUUGACCUUUGACCUGAGGGUAUAUGUAUA